AUGUCUACCUCUGCUAAAGUUUACGUCGGAAACCUGUCAUGGAACACCACUGACGAUUCCCUCACUGCCGCUUUCUCUCAGUUCGGCCAGAUUCUCGAUGCUAUCGUGAUGCGCGACCGCGAUACCGGCCGCAGCCGCGGUUUCGGUUUCGUUACCUUCGGCUCCGCUGAGGAGGCUCAGGCCGCUAUUGAUGGUCUUGACCAGCGGGAUCUUGAUGGCCGUUCCAUCAAGGUCAACCUUGCUCAGGCUCGUGGCUCUGGUGCUCCCGGUGGUGGCCGUGGCGGCUUCGGCGGCGGCUACGGUGGUGGCUACAACGGCGGUGGCCAGGGCGGCUACGGCGGCGGCCAGGGUGGCUACGGCGGCCAGGGCGGCUACGGUGGUGGUCAGGGUGGCUACGGUGGUCAGCAGGGCGGUUACUAA